AUGACGGAAGCCGUGGCACCCCCGAUCCCGGCCUCCGCAGCCAAGAAGAAGUUUGCGACGCCUCCCGUCAAGAUUGCCUGCCUUGCCUGCCGAAGAGGCGGCGCUCGCGUGAGGAGAAAGCCGCGGCCGGCCGACGAGCUAGCCCAGCAGGCCCAGGCCUUUAAUGGCGAGAUGCCUCCUGACGAAGUUGCCCAUCAAGACCGUGAGUCAUUGCGCUUGAGAACCGAGUCGGAUCAGUUCUUGACCGAGGCCACAGCCAUCUCUGUCCAAAACUACAUUGAUCCCGGCGCGGGAUUGAAGCAGCUGCAAGACUUCUUUCAGGAUAGCGACUUCAUCUUUGACACCCUCUUCAUGUCGGGCGUGCCCGGGAGCACCAGCGGCGAGAGUGCCUCGGAGCAUUCGUUCAACUUUCCGGCGCCUCAAAUCCCCGUUGCGAGAACCUACAAGAGCGACCAAGCCAUCCUCGAUGCCUACUACAUCUUCAUCCACCCUUUCUUCCCGAUCCUGCCGCCGCCCGCCGGCUUGCCAAUGGACCAGGCCGUGCCACACUUUCAGAACGACACGGACGGCUUUGCCGACGAGUAUCAGCCAUCGACACCACUCAGCUUGGCCAUCUCUGCAAUUCUUGCACUAAUUCCGUGCGCCAAUGAUACCAACCAUCUCAACAAGGAGUCCGUUGUCUUCCGACGAAGAUAUGCCCAGUACCUGGCCCAAUGUGCCGUCGAGAGUAUCGAAAUCGAGUCGGAAAUCCCGGACUCUUCGAUCGAGCCGCCAAAGGCACUAAACGAAUCCCCCGACGACUUCACCAGGCAGCAGUUCCAUCCCGGCGUGCCAAUAGAGCUCGAGAGUAUCGUCGCCUUGGACAUUCUCAGCGUCUACGAGUACGCGCAGAGGGGUAACCUGAAGAAGAUGCAGGCUAGGGCCGGCCAGGCCCUAGUGUCCGCUAUGUCAUUGUCUCUUCACACCUGCACCGAGGAUGACGAGUUUUCCGAGGCCAAGCGGAGAGUAUGGUGGAUGACGGCCGAGGAGCCAACCUUCUCCGUGUUUACACCCAGCUACACAGCAAAAUACCCCGUAAUACAAUCAGACCCCGAGGCCUUUGCUGUGUACAUUCAAGCCCAGCAAGCGAUCCUUUCGGCAACCCAGUUUGUCAUUGAGCUCAAUAAGACUGUUAAAUCUGGGGGUGACAUGACGCGCAUUUACGCGCGGAUGAAGGAGAUGGAGCAGUACCUUGAGCCCCUCAACGCGAUGGCCGACUCCUGGAUCCUGCAGUCGACAACGACAACGCCACUCGAUCCUACGGAGGAAGUCCUGUCCCGCUCUUUGAGGUGUAUGGCUCGCAUCAAGCUCAACAGGCAAGUACACGAAUAUCCUUCCGGAUCUGGGAACCAUUGCUGA